CGAAAGCGCGCCCUUCCCCCUCAUUCUUUGCGGCCUUCCCCCAUCGCGCAGGCGCAGAGAGUGAGCCAAGAUGGCAGCGCCCGUGGAUUUGGAGUUGAAGAAGGCCUUCACAGAGCUUCAAGCCAAAGUCAUUGACACUCAACAGAAGGUGAAGCUUGCAGAUAUACAGAUUGAACAGCUAAACAGAACGAAAAAGCAUGCACAUCUUACAGAUACAGAGAUUAUGACUUUGGUAGACGAGACUAACAUGUAUGAAGGUGUAGGAAGGAUGUUUAUUCUUCAGUCCAAGGAGGUAAUUCACAAUCAGCUGUUAGAGAAACAGAAAAUAGCAGAAGAAAAAAUUAAAGAAUUGGAACAGAAAAAGUCCUACCUGGAGCGGAGCGUGAAGGAAGCUGAGGACAAUAUCCGGGAGAUGCUGAUGGCACGAAGGGCACAGUAGGAAGCCUCUAGGGGAAGCUUUUCCUCCUGACUCCUCCCAUUCCUGGCAAGGGCAAGAGGCCUGUGCAGGGAAGUGGCCUCGGCUCUGCCCUGAUGGACAUUCUAUCUCGAUGGUCUGGUAACCCUACAUGUUCUCUAAUCACCCUGAGCCCCUUUCAGAUUCUAACCCUCUAUUUUAUAUCCUGGCUCUGCUUGCCACCCGUGCCCAGGACGAUCCUCUCCCCUGGGGGUGUCUUAAACUCCCAGGAGAGGGAAGAUGGGAGCCGAUUAGGGGAGCUCUGCCCAAGCCCCCUAACGAGCCAUGCUGCUCAGACCAAUAAAAGGCAUCUGUGCCACUCUAAGUCUGCUGUGGUUGAGCCGACGGAUGAGAACAGACGGCCAGAGGGGCAGAAGCUGUUCCCACCUCAGCUCCUCCCUGUCCUGCUCCUGCAUCGAAGCCUUCCCCUCUCCUUUUCCCCCUUUCUGUUCCUUCAAGUAAACCUCUCAGCCUCAGGGCCUCCAUGUGUAAUGUGCAGAUCAGGAAGAAAGGAGACCAGGGCAGUCUGCCUCAAGAUUCCUUUCCCGCUUCCUCCCAAACAUUCCAAAAGAAAAUUCACUGAUGAGCCAGCAGCACCUCCAGGACUGGCUCCCAGUGGCCAGUGUCAUCAGGUGGACACUACAAUCCUGAGGCCUCCUAGAGGCUGGGGGGCAGUAGUGCUACAGCUGGCUUCAAUAUGUAGGGAUUUCGUUGCAAGCCAAAUGUUCAACAGCCAUUAUUAAAAUUAAAUUAUGUAACUUUACGAUUAAAUCAUUAAAAACAAGGGUGAUAGAUAUUUAAACUUCACCCCUUCAUAAUUACUAAAUCUGGCCAUGAUCUAUGUUUUUGAGGUUAACAGUCUUGUAUUGGAUGGUGGAAAUACCGCAUAAUGGGGCCUUCCCAACAUUCAGGACAUCAUGGUAGCUUGAAAUCAGCUGUGGAGGGACUAGUUACUCCACAGAAAUCAGGUGAUGCUACAAAAUCACGGCUUUUUGUUUGUUUUUAAAGAGAGAGCUGGCAGUUAACUAUCUGCAGCCUCUCUGGACUGGCAGGGCAGGCGGUGAGGGGAAGUCUGACUCGCUGCUGUGGCAGCUCAGCGCCACCCUGUGGCCCAAGCUGAGAUGACAGCUCUUUUCUCUUGUGUGUAUCGAGGGGGUGAGGGUGUUGGGCAGAGAUAGCAGGAAAAGAAAGCUUUGGGUCUGGCCUCACGCUGACUUUGGGUUCCCGCUCUCCUUCCAGGGCAGGCCUGGGCAGCCCACGGUUACCAGGAGGCCCUUUCCUAGGCUCUGGGUAAAAUCAGGUGUGGCUCCUUGGUGAGCCCAUCUCUGAGUGGCAUUAGGGAGAUGCUAGCUUAGCGAGGGCCCCAUGACUUGGCUGAAGGACACCCCGCCUCGGGUCCUACUUUCCCAAUAGCACGCACAGUACUUAUGUAGCAGCCAGACGAAAAGGUAAAUGGACCCCUCAUCAUAUACUGGACAGUGGCCGCUAGCUGAGGUCCCCAGGGCUUAGAUUUCAUAUGGAAUAAUUCAGACAGUUGAGGUUUAGACAAAUUUAUUGAAACAUCCAGGGCGUUAGCAAAGAAAUCAUUCAAUGAUAUGUUACAUUAUGCCACUACCUUGAAUGUAUCAUUUAAAAAUUAUAAAUAUAUAUUUCAUAAGCCUUUGGCCAAAAAAAAAGCAAAAGGAGUGUCAUUUAGCACAUUUGUGAAAGGCCAAUAAGAACUGGAUUUCGAGCAUUAGAAAGAUCAAGUCACUGAAUUAAACAAUAGCAACCCCUACUAAUCUAGAACCCCAUGGUAUUGAAGGUAGACGUGUCUGUGCAGAGCUAGUCAUUUAUUUCAGCAA